AUGAAUCAAGAGCAACAUAUUCAAUCAGUUUUCUACAAACAGUUAGAACAAGCAAGAAAUGCAUAUGUUACACGCCUUAAUGCAUCCAUUGAUUGUGUUCGAGUUCUUUUGCGACAAGGGCACUCAUUUCGAGGUCAUAAUGAAUCUGAGGAUUCUCUCAAUUCAGGUAACUUCUUAGUGCAAUAUCAAUUUUUGGCUGCUCAUAAUGAAGUUAUCAAUGCCGUCACAUUGGGAAAUGCACCUCACAAUUGCAAAUUGACAUCACCUGAUGUUCAAAAGGAUAUAGUAAAUGCUUGUGCUAUUGAAACGAUCAAUGUUAUUAUCAAAGAUGUUGGUGACUCGCUAUUUUCUAUUCUAGUUGUUGAAUCUUGUGAUGUGUCAAUGAAGGAGCAAAUGUCUAUUGUUUUACGUUAUGUAGACAAUAGUGGGCGUGUCAAUGAACGCUUCAUAGGGAUUGAACAUGUUACAAGUACCACGGCUCUAUCGUUUAAGGCUGCAAUUGAUAAUGUAUUUUCUAGAUAUAACUUGAGUAUGUCUAGAUUGAGAGGACAAGGUUAUGAUGGAGCAAGUAAUAUGCAAGGUAAGUUUAAUGGUCUGAAAACACUCAUUUUGAAUGAGAGUCCAUGUGCCUUUUACAUUCACUGUUUUGCUCAUCAACUCCAACUUGCGCUUGUGGCUGUUGCAAAGAAGAACAUCCCUAUUACUAACUUCUUUGGUGUGGUUGGGAACGUGAUUUUAAGUGGACGGGGACUUAAUCAAGAAAUGAGCCUUCAGCGCUCUAGUGAUACACGAUGGAGUUCACAUUAUAAUUCUUUGGUCAGCUUGCUUGCCAUGUUCUCUUCUGUUGUAGAUGUACUCGCAAUAAUUAUUGAAGAUGAGUCUUGUUCUUGUGAUCAAAGAUCUGAUGCAACAAAUUUAUUGGAGUUGAUACAAAGAUUUGAUUUUGCAUUUAAUCUACAGUUGAUGAGAAGUGUGUUGGGGAUUUCAAAUGAACUGUCAAAGGCAUUGCAAAGAAAAGAUCAAGAUAUUGUGAAUGCAAUGCAAUUGGUAAGAUUGUGCAAACGACGACUCCAAAUAAUGAGAGACGAAGGGUAG